AUGGAUAAGCAACAUUUGCCAAAGUCGAGGAACCCAGCAGGUAGAUCUUCUACCCCAGUUCCACCUAGGACAGUAUCUAGUGGUCCAGCAAUAUAUCCCAAAAAUGCUCCUAAAGAGACUUUUAAACAGACCGUCGCUAUUAUAGUGGACUCAGGUUCUGGAAUCACCAAAGCUGGGUUCUCUGGAGAUGAGCAGCCCCGCGUAGUACUUAAAAGUUCUGUGGGGAUCAUCCCUCAGAAAAGCCGGUCCACAAAAGAAGGGCCAGAGUACUUCAUCGGAUACAACAUUCCAAAAGAGAGGGUGGACGUGGUCAAAAAGAAGCCAAUCACCCACGGCAUUGUGACGGACUGGGAUGCCCUAGAGAAGCUAUGGCACCACAUGUUUUACCAGGAGCUGCGCAUCUGCCCAGAAGAGCAUGGCAUUUUGGUGACAGAUGCCCCACUUUCACCAACUACAAACCGGGAGAAAAUGACUGAACUUCUCUUUGAAGAGUUUUGUGUGCCAGCAAUGUAUGUGGCUCACCAGUCCCUGCUGUCUCUCUACUCCUAUGGACGGACCACCGGCUUGGUAGUGGAAUCCGGCUCGGGAGCUACCUAUGUCUCCCCCAUCCACAACGGAUACUCCAUGCCCCACGCCACUUUCCGCCUAGAUCUGGCUGGCCGUGCUUUAACUGAAUACCUCGGCAAGCUGAUGGCAGACGCGGGCAACCGUUUCAGCUCCCAGGAGAAACCUCUGGUGCGUGAGAUCAAGAAACAAUGCUGCUAUAUCUCUCAGGACUACGAAGUUGAGCUGAGGUCUGAAGAGAGGGGCUACCUCAUGGAUUAUGUGCUUCCGGAUGGGCAUGCUAUCACACUGGGUAGUGAGAGAUUCCGCUGCCCUGAAAUCCUAUUUUGCCCUUCCACUCUGGGGGUGUCGGAGGCUGGGAUCCAUGUCAUGACCAUGAAUAGCCUCCAAAAGUGUCCGACAGAGCAACAUGAGCAGAUGAUGGACGGUAUACUGGUAUGUGGUGGCUCGUCUCUGCUGCGUGGCUUCCCUGAGCGCCUCAAGAAGGAGAUGAUCAAACUGGCCCCCCGAGGAGCCAAGGUAAAUGUCAUUGCCGGACCCCACCGUGAGUUCUCUGCCUGGGUUGGAGGCUCGAUCAUGGCUUGUCUCAACAGCUUCCAGCCCAUGUGGGUCUCAAGUCAGGAUUACAAUGAAAGAGGGCCUUUCAUGGUUCACCACAAGUGCUAUUAA